CGACUCGACGGCCAUUUCGGAGUCAAUCGCACGAUUGCACGGCUUCGACAACGAUUCCGAUGGCCCGACCUCAUUUCCGAUGUCAUGCGGUUUGCGAUUCUUGCGAAGUUUGCCGACGCAGCAAACCCCGCAACCGCAAUCCCUAUGGCGAGUUACGCCCGAUGCCUAUCCCCCGGGAACCCGGUAUCUCCAUUGCUAUGGAUGUCACCGGUCCGUUUCCUCGAGACCGGCUCGGGCACGACGGCAUCCUCACGGUUGUGGACCGAUUGAGCAAGUACGCACGUUUUCUUCCUUGCAAGUACUACUCCACGGCUCCCGAGCUGGCACGCCUCUUGCACACCGGUUGGAUUUGUGGCCACGGCGUACCCGAGGACAUAGUCAGCGACCGCGACACUCGUUUCAUGUCGACUUUUUGGACCUCUCUCAUGCAGGAGUCCGGCACGACGAUGAAACCCAGUUCGGCUGGGCAUCCACAGACAGACGGGCAAACGAAGCGGGCACAUCAGACCGCUCAAAUGAUGCUUCGUACGCUCAUCCGUCCGGACCAGAAGGAUUGGGUUGACCGCCUCCCCGACAUCGAGUUCGCCUACAACACUUCAGUGCACCCGGCGAUCGGUGUGACUCCAUUCGAGUUGCACCACGGUGGACGGAAAGGCCGUAUCUUCGCUAAUCUUCUCCUCCCUCGACCAGCCGACAUUGAUGCCGCUUGCUCUCCCGCUUCCGUCCGGAAGUACAAGGAAUUGCUGGCUCAAGCCCGCACAAACAUGCAAAAGGCUCAAGUCCGCAUGCAGCAGCAAGCCAACAGGCGCCGCGUACCAUGUCCCAUCCGCGCCGGAGAUCGAGUUUGGGUCUCCUCGGAAGAGUUUGCAUUGGAAYAGGAUGUCUCACGCAAACUACUCCCUAAGUGGUUUGGACCAUGGACAGUGACAUCAGCYGCGGGCGAUGAGCCCGAUGGCCCUUCAUUUGUGAUCGACAUUCCUGAGCAUCUGACGGUCCAUCUAGUCUUUCAUGCGUCAAAGCUGGCAACAUAUACACCAGCUAAGAGCGAUGACUUCCCGGGCCGACGAUCGCAGAACCCUCCUUCUAUGGAUGGUCAUCAGGAGGUUGACCGCGUCAUCUCAGAUCGCAAGUAUGGCAGCAAGCCGCGCCAGUAUAAAGUUACAUUCAGAGCAUGCGAUCCCGACGACACUCGGUGGAUUUCAGGAGCAGAUUUGAAAGCGUCUGCACCGCUGAUCUACGCUCACUACGAGCGACAGAGGUUAGCCAAGGGACCUCCACGACCUGCCCCUCCCACCCGGACUGUGGUCCCUCCCUCAGACAGACAGCUUCGCCCUCGUAGGUAAGCUCGGUCUUUCAAGGAGGGGGGGGUGUGGCAUACUGUGCAGCCACACG